ACCACAGAAGCCACGAGACUGCAACCGAAGCAAACAAAUCGAAAGAAGAAGAAGAAAAACACCGACAAAAUGGAGGUAGACACGAGCGAAGAAAGCACGAUGCCUAUGGAUGGAAACUGGACAGUAGCCGAUGUGGAUUAUGGUGCCCUCAAGUUGGAUGAACUUGGUCAUUUCUUGGGUAUCGAGGAGCUGCAAAUGGACGAGGAAAUCAUCAUUGGAAGGCCCUCGGGAGCUCGCAACAAACCACGGCGUACAGCGAGGAGGAGACGGAACCAGAGAAAAUUAUCUUCACUGUAUUUACAAAAUUCACUGAAACGGAAAGAUCCACCACUUGAAGAUGAUCAAGCCAUCGACGAAAAGAGACAAAAGAUCAACCCAACCAGUAAAUCAAACAUACUGACCUUUAACACUGAGAAGAAAAAGACACCCAAAGAUUCAAAGAAAAUUAAGGAAAAGAGAGACACAAAACAAAGUAAACAGAAUAAGGAAGAUGGAGACAAACCAGAGAAAGAUGACGAUAAGGUUGCCGCUAGUUCCAAGAUGAGAAAGGAUGUUGCAGGAGCCAAAAAGAGCAAGAAAACAUCUACAAGCUUCACAAAGGGUAUCCCUGUUGUAUCCAAUCAAAACAGCAAUAUGAGCAUGUCAGCAUGGAAGAACCUACAGAUUCCAGCACCAGUUCUUCAAGCUCUGAGAGAUCUUGGAUUCCAGGAACCAACACCUAUCCAGAAGGCAACGAUUUCUGUGGCCAUUCAAGACAAGAAGGACAUCAUUGGGGCUGCUGAGACGGGGAGUGGCAAGACUCUGGCGUUUGGUAUACCUGUUAUACAUAGAAUCCUUCAGCACAAGGCGACAAUAGAGCGAGAAGCAAGAGCAAAUGCUUACAAAGAAGCCAACAUGGAAACAGUUACCAAAACGAAACAAGCAAAUCUUCCAAAGGGGAUGAAAGUUAAAGACUUAACGUCUCAGGUACCAAAGUCAGCAAAAGCUUCUAAGAAAUUAUCAGUUAAUCCACCAGCUGGACAGAACAGAAAUGUCAAAAGAAGUGGUAAGAUGGAGUCAAAAGAUGAGGAGGAAGGAGAGGUGAUGUUCCGAGAACAAGAAAGUGAUGAAGAGGAGGAGGAGGAGGAGGAUCUGGAGACGGGAGAUUUUGAUUUUGAUGAAGAAGAUGAUGAAGAGGACGAAGACAUUGAAUAUGAUUUUGAUGAUGAAGAUGAUUCAGAUGAAGAAGAAGGUGAAGAUGAAGAUCUUGAGUUGGAAGACAACGGAGAUGAGAGUGAAGAUGACGGGGAUGAUCUUGAUGAUCUUGAUGAAGAUGAUGAUGAGAUUGAUUACGAUUCGGAUGAAAGUGAUAGUGAUGGCGCUGAUAACGAGGAUGAUUCAGAUGGUGAUGAUUCAAGUGAUGAAGAUGAUUCAGAUCAUGACGACAACCAAAAUGAAGCCAGCAAAAAACCACAUGACAAAGAUGAGGAGAAAACUCCGACGGAGACGGACCAGCCCGGAGAACCUCAAAAGAAACCCAAAGGAAAGAAAGGCAAACUCAAGCGAAGAUUCAGAAUCAAGGAACGUAAAGUUCUCGAGUUGGAUGGUGCUGAGUUUGAAGGAAUUGAACUCAUCAAUAAGAUGAAAAAGAGGGGGAUCGGUUGCGUCCGAGCAAUCGAUGACAUCUCAGAGGAGGAAAUGUUGUCUCAGCUCGGAUCUAACAAGACGGUUAAGACAGUAAAACCUAACCGUAUUGCUAGCUUCGAUGACGACAGGCAGUUAUACGCCUUGAUCAUGACACCCACAAGAGAAUUGGCAGUACAGAUUAAGAAUCAUCUCGUCAAUAUAACAAAGUACACCGAUCUGAAGAUUGCUGUUAUUGUUGGUGGAAUGUCAGCUCAGAAGCAACAACGAAUGUUGAAGAAGCGACCAGAGAUUGUAGUUGGCACUCCCGGGAGAAUAUGGGAGCUUUUCAGAGAGGGUGAGCCGCAUUUAUCAACGAUGUCUGGAGUACAAUCUCUGGUCCUCGAUGAGGCAGAUAGAAUGAUUGAGAAGGGUCAUUAUGAAGAAGUUACGCAAAUCAUCCAACAACUGAACUAUUCCCGGGCAAGUCUAGAGCGACAGACAUUUGUCUUCUCUGCAACCCUGACUCUGUUACAUCUCGGACCAGACAGGAAGAUCGCAGGCAGCCAGCCAAACAAACAGAACAAUCCCAAACAAGACAAAAAAGACAGGAAAGCAAAACUGAAUGCUCUCAUCAAAAGGGUUGGCAUUAGAGAAGACCCAGCCAUUGUUGAUCUCACUAAGAGGGAAGGAACGGUAGCCAGUCUAAUGGAGGCCAAAAUCAUAAGCGAUAUUACUGAUAAGGAUAUCUAUCUGUUCUACUUCCUCGUUCAAUUUCCCGGUCGGACGUUGGUUUUUACAAACAGCAUUGACUGCAUCAGGAGACUUUGUUCCAUCUUGACGCUACUGUCUUGCAAUCCUCUACCACUUCACUCCUCCAUGCAUCAAAAACAACGUUUGAAAAACCUGGACAGGUUUGCAUCCAAUCCAAAGGCUCUGUUGUUAGCGACUGAUGUAGCUGCACGGGGGUUGGACAUACCGGACGUACAACAUGUGAUACACUAUCAAAUGCCUCGGACUUCAGAGACGUACAUUCAUCGAAGUGGGCGUACAGCUAGACAAGCUAAAGAGGGAAUUAGUGUGAUGUUGGUAGCUCCUACCGAGGCAAACUUCUAUAGGAGAGUCUGCAAGACGUUGAAUAGAGAUGAUAUUCCAAGUUUUCCUGUGGAUCAUUCCUACUACAACGCCGUUAAACAGAGAGUGGACUUGGCACGACUUAUUGAUCAAGAAAGUCACAGUGUAGCCAAGAAAAAACACACUAAUGAUUGGUUUAUCAAAGCAGCCAAGGAACUGGAUGUAGACUUGGAUGAGGAUUUAGUAUUACAUGACUUGGGAGAUUCACAAGAACAGAUGCACCGAGAGAAGAAGCUACAACAUAUGAAAGGUGAUUUGAAACGUCUCCUCCAGCGAGAUAUCUUUCCUCGUGGUUCCUCGUGGCGCUACCCUACAGCUCCAGGCAAACUCAUCAGUUCACUCGAUCAAGGUCCAUCUAAUGCUUUAGCAAUGGUCAAAAAUAAACCAGGCAACAAGUUCAAACUGGACAGCAAAGAAGCCACUGGCCAACCCAAGAAAGGAAAGAAAUGUAGAAACAAGUUCAAGAGGGCUGAAGCCGAGAAGGCCCCGUAGGCUAGUUAAUAUUUAGUUUGAGUCUGACCUCAUCUUCAGUCACUAAGGACAAGUAUGAUGAGUUGUAAAAAGUGAAAGUUGUUAUUUUCUGGCAGUUGAUUAUACAAUAUUUUCAGCUCUUGAAAUUCCAAAUUUACCUCAUUGCACUUUCUAAACCACGGGUCCACCAAGGCCUGACCCCAGUGUGUUAGCUUUAAAGUUAUCGCUAAUAAAGUUAAUGUGGCUCAACCAGGUCAGUUCCCAAGUAACCUGAUCAUAAACCAGGUAACUUUAUUUAGGCCAAUGCUAUGACGAAAAACGUGCCUUUUCACCAUAAAACAGUGACUUUACGAGCAUUUUAUUUGUAGACGUGUACUUUUGUAUCGUCGUUAGCUUGUAAUGAUUAACUAUGUGAGGAAUUAUUAUAAGAUUUUCUUUUUUGAAUCCACAAAAAGUUUUUGACACAAUAAAAGUAGUUCCAGUCGGCUGUUGCUAGGGAUGUCCUAUACUUCAACGUAUGAAGACGCAGCGAUCUAGCCAUAGCCGUAGCCACCAACUUCAGACACGGCACUGCAUCGAUUUGUAUGAAAAGCAAAAACAAGGUGGCCACAACUUGAUAAAGAAUUUAUAUUUCAUUUCUUUUAUUGCAUAAACAAAAUCAAAGAUUGGAAGCAACUAUUUGCUAAACUUGCAGCCGGGGAAAACUGAAAAUGGGACUACAGGUUGCCCAUCAUAUAAGUUACAAAUACAUGUGUUAUUAUUUCAACAUUUUUAAAUAAAUCAAAAUCAUUUGAGUUUCAUUCAGUUUAUAAGAUUUACAAAGAGUUCAAAUAGACUUCACAUCAGCGUUAUCAUUUUUAAUGAAAGUAACUAGACAUGAUUGUACAAAAACAUUCAGAAAGAAUUGAUAAUCGAAUUUCAGCAUUAAAAAAAAAAAAAAAUGGGAAAUAUGCAUAGAAGUAUAAAGGUUGUGAUUUGAUGUCAAAUAUACUUGACAAAUAAACUUGAAAUAUUCAUUCCCUAUAUAAUGUGUUUUUCUUUGAUUCCAUGAACACCAAAUGCGUAAUGUGUACUUUUUUGUAUCAUGGAAAAAUAUUUUAAGGUUAAAAUAAAGAAUCAAUGAAUUCACCAUGAGGUAACUUGUGUAGAUUAUAUAAGCCCCCUACUUUUAUCCUUAAUGUUUUUUCUAAGCCCGAUAUCUCUGAUCAUCCACAACCCAAGUUUUUUUUAUAGAAACACAAAUGUUUAAACAAAUUUAACAGUUCAAAAGGCAGGGUAUACUUCUGGUAAUUAAAAGUUAACUGGAGAGCUUGAUAUUA